UUUUAUUUAAUGAAGUUCUCAAACAUACGUAUUGCUCUUGAUGUUGUUGUUUUAUGCAGGAAGUAAACACUGUAAUUGUUUGUAAUUCAAUUCUUGCGGAAGAUCGUGUCGUUUCAUCCUCUGGCACCGCUGCAACUCGCCGAGUUCGAGCUGACGUGCAUUCGAGUGGGACUGAACCACCACACAGACGAUCGACUGUUCUUAAAAUACAGCGAGACCACUUUCUCUGUAAUAAAACUACGUGUAAAAACGGGAAACAGUACUAAAUAUAUGUUUCUAAAACUAUUUCGCUUAUGGCAAAUCGGGAAAAGAACAAAAAGACGCUUCUAGAGUUGGCAAAGCUUCCAGAGAACAGCAACUGUGCGGAUUGCGGAGCGCCAGAUCCAGACUGGGCUUCAUAUACGCUGGGAAUAUUUGUGUGUCUGAAUUGUUCAGGAACUCAUCGCAAUCUUCCGAGUGUGAGUCGUAUCAAGUCCAUACGCUUAGACUUCUGGGAUGAUGAGCUUGUGCAGUUCAUGAAGGCCAAUGGAAACGGUGCUGCCAAAAACUUCUAUGAGAAAUGUAUCCCAGUCUUUUAUUAUCAACCCCGGACAGAAGAUUGCGAGGUACUGAAAGAACAAUGGAUUCGGGCCAAAUACGAAAGAACGGAGUUUACAGAGCAAAAUAAAGAAAGACCCUACACAGCAGGUGUAUAUAAGGGCAUGUUGUGGAAGAAGGGGAAGGAUAAAGGACAGUUUCUUGAGAGGAAGUUUGUUCUUUCUGUGCACGAUUUUACCCUGAAGUACUACAAGGAUGAUGAAUCUAAAGGGCCAAAGGCCAUCAUCUCUGUGAAGGACCUCAAUGCAACAUUCCAGCCUGUGAAGAUAGGACAUGCUCAUGGCCUUCAAAUCACCUACUGUGUGGACGAUCACACCCGAAAUCUUUUUGUUUACCAUAAAAAUGGAAAGGAAAUUGUCAAUUGGUUUAAUGCAAUUAGAGCUAUUCGCCACACCUACCUGAAGACGGCCUUUCCUACAGCUAGUGAUGAAGAUAUAAAACCACGGAUCACCAGAAACUAUCUAAAAGAGGGUUACAUGGAAAAGACUGGCCCACUGCAACGAGAGCCAUUCAAGAAAAGAUGGUUUAUCUUGGAUUACCUGGACAGAAAACUACUCUAUUUUAAAACACAGCUGUUUGUUUUCUUUCCAAAGGAUGCUGGUGAGCUUGGGGUUGUUUUCAUUGGCUCAGAGCAUCAUGGGUAUUCAGUGAGAGAGUGUGUGCCUAAAGGGACGAGAGGCAACAAAUGGAAAUGUGGGGUAAUUGUGGAGACGCCAGAUCGACAAUUCGUCUUUAUGUGUGAGCAAGAGCGCGAACAAAAGGAGUGGGUGGAGGCCUUGAAAAAAGUCAUUUCGAAACCCAUGCUGCCACAGGAUUACACCACUGAAGCCAAUAUCCGGAGACGGAGAUGAAUUUGAAGAUGAAUGGGACUCAGAGCACAACGUAUGAUUGGAAUCUGUCCCUGAAUCUAUUUUGAUCAACCUUGUUUAGAAAUCUAGGGUUAGACAGUUGAUCUUGGAUGGUCCCAGACAUCAUUUACUCAAAGGGAACCUUGGGCAGAAUAUGACUGCUAACUUUUGGAUAAAAAAAUCAAAAACAACAGACAAUAAUUUAAAGGGAAGACAUUGCUGUAACUGACAGAAAGUCAGAGAAGAUAACAGUGGGUCUGGGGGACAAACAAGUGGUUGAUUCUGCUUGAUGAGGUGGACUUCUGUCUGAAGAUGGAUCUUGGCUCUCUUGAUAUAACAAGGGAUCCUGAAAGAAGCCAUGACCUGAAGCACAUCUUAGGCCCACGACAUCUACACCUGAGAGAACUGAUUAAGACUUGCUUAGAUUGAACUGUACUGUGUCUUAUCGAUACACAGAAUGAAAGUUCAUAAGCAAGGAUUAUUGUGCAUUACCAUGUGCACUAAUGGUAAAGGAGAAAGGAAGAACAUGUAAGAGUUCUGGAAAUUAUGCAUAUGAACACAUGGGCUUAUAACUGAAAUGUGUCUAAGUUUGGCUGUUUUUGUUGUCUAACUUAGUCAUUUUGUUUAAUAAACAUUGACUA